AUGGUCUCCAUGACCCAUUCUCAAAAAUAUCAGGGAGACAACGCUUAUCAACAAGAACGUGUGCAAGGUCGUCAAAACGAUCCACCACCACCACGAUCUGACAUACAGCGCCAAAACCAGCAACAGUUUCUACCUCGAGGUCAGAGUCGUUCAGACGCUGCAGCACCACCAUCACGAUCGAUUAUUUCGUUAGCUGCGUCUCCACAGUGUGAAGACGAUGUAUCGAGAUACUGUAAUAAAGGCAGUUCAAGUCCAAUUAGUAAUUUGAAGGUAUUGCAAUGUAUGGAUGAUUUAGAUGACGCUGUCCAUCUGAUUCAUACAGAUUGUCAGGAUCUUAUAUACGAUUUCAAAUUAAAUAUGACAAAAGAUGCUCGAUUUGAUGAUGCAGCAAAAAAACAAUGUAGGAAUGAUAUUAAACAGUUAGACGAAUGUGAACGUUUCGUGGAGGCACCUGGUACGGGUCGAUUGAUUGCGUGUUUAUACGAUAGAUUAGACAAUAUAACAGAGCCAGGAUGUCGUCUUUUUAUUAAUCAAAUGCAAGCGGUUGUGUUUAAUGACUGGCAAUUAAGUGAAAAUUUUCUAAUUAGCUGUCGAGAUGAUAUAGAUAGGACUAACUGUGGUCGACUUGAUGAUGAAAAUAAAGCGCUUAAUCAUGCACAAGGAGCUGUUGUCUCAUGUUUAUCAGUAAAAUUCGCUAGUUUACGUCCAGAAUGUAAAAAACAAAUUUUCAGAUUAGCCGAAAUGCAGUCAGAAGAUUAUCAUCUUGAUCGUGCGUUAUAUUAUGCAUGUAGAGAUGAUCGAGAACGAUUUUGUAAUCAAGUAUCUGCUGGAAAUGGACGAGUCUAUCGAUGUUUGUAUGAGCACAAGUUUGAUACGAUGAUGUCGAUAGAUUGUCGUAAUGAAGUACAACGCCGUCAGUCACUACUGGUAGAAAAUGUUGGUAUUGAUGCAGGGUUAACUCGUGCAUGUGCGAGAGAAAUAGACCUAAAUCAAUGUAAAAAUCGUUCAUAUUCCAACAAUCAACAACAACAAAGCACAGAAGUCGAUAAAAAGUUGUCUUUAGUUAAUUUAUUAUUGUGUUUGGAAGAUCGUAUAAAAAAAGGGGGUAAUGUUCAAGAUGAUUGUCGUCGUGAGAUGUUAGCGCAUCGACGAAUGUUAAUGUCUGACUUUGAAUUAUCACCAGAUAUUGUUAGAAAUUGUGACACAGAAUUGACUAAUUAUUGUUCACGUUUGUGGGCGGACAAAUCAAGGGGUACCGCGAAGCAGAAAGGUGGCAGAGUGUUACACUGUCUGUUGGACGCAGUCAGAAAACAUCGGCAAUUUGAUGAAAAAUGUUUAGUAUCAAUUCGUACACUAAUUCGGGCUACAGAUCCAGGCGAAGAUGUUCGUGCAGAUCCGAUGUUAGAGCGAGAUUGUCAACCGAUUAUCAACACAGUUUGUUCAAAUAUAAAACCUGGGGAAUCAAAUGUUAUAAUGUGUCUGUUAGAAAAUUUGAGAAGCAGUCGAAUGACCGAAGAAUGUAAAGAUAGAUUAAUGGAAAUAAGUUAUUUUAUGGCAAGAGAUUGGCGAUUAACACCAAAGCUUUUACGAACAUGUAAAAGUAAUUUAUUUACAGAAUGUCGAUUAGAAAAUUGGAGUUUAGAUAAAGAUAUGUCUGAAGCAAAAGUUGGCUACUUGUUAGGAUGUUUAUAUCAACAACGUAAAAAUUUAUCUCCUGAAUGUGGCGCUGAGCUUCGACGAUUAAUGUAUAUUCGUUCAAAAUCAAUCGAUUUGUUGCCUGAAAUAGAAGAUUCAUGUAUUCGUGAUUUAGCAAAAUUUUGCCAUGAACAUGAUGACAAAGGAGACGAGUUAAAAUGUUUGCAAACAAAAUAUAAUGACCUUGAUAAGACGUGUAAAGAAGCAGUAAAAAAUUAUACUACAGAAACAACCGCCGAUGCGAAUUUAGACCUUGUGCUAAUGAAAGCAUGCGAACCGAUGAUUCAACGAUACUGUCAGAAUGGUAAUGAGAACAAUAUGAUACGAUGUUUAAUCCAACAUAAAAAUGAACGAAGUAUGGAUAGUCGUUGUAAAGCUGGUAUCGAACAUCAUCAACUUACAAGUAUGAAAGAUGCCUUUUUAAGUCAACAAUUCAGGACGAACUGUUAUUCUGAAAUUACUGAACAUUGUGCAAAAAGACACACAAAACCAAAAAUUAUUCAAUGUUUGGCUGAUCUAAUGCUAAAAGAUGCAUUGCAACUAAAAGGAGAACAACAGAUUACGGAAGGUUGUCGUGAUGAAUUAAAGUUCGAAUUAUUACAACGAAAUGAAAAUAUCUAUCUUGACCCAUCGUUACAAAACGCGUGUCAAUAUGAUAUUGCUAGACUUUGUAGUGAUAUAAAAGCUGGAAAUGCACAAAUUAUUGAUUGUUUGAAGGAAAAUCGUGAUAAGAUUCAAGCAAAGGCUUGUUAUGUUAAAUUGAAUAAACGCGAAAAACUGGAUAUUAUUGUGCCAGAAAAUGAUUACAGUUUAAUGGACAAAUGUUCGGGCUUUAUCUCAAAAUUUUGCUCAACGCAACGUAAACAAAAUGUUUUGGGGUGCCUACGUAGAAAUAUGAAUCAAGAUGCAAUGCCAUCAGGAUGUCGAAAAGUGUUAUUUCUUCGAUUAAUGAUAUUAAAUAGUGAUGCUCGUUUUAACAAAGCAUUGCUAGAAAGCUGUAAUGAAGAUAUACAACAUCAUUGUGCACAGGAAAUAGCACAAAAUGCUGAUAAUGAUGAUGAUGAUACGUCAGAGGAGCAAGAUGACCAAACACCGACUCAAGAGAGAGACGGUACUGAUAUUGCUGAAAAUGACGACGAAGGUGAAGAUAGUCCAAAUCAACAACGACGACGACGACGACGCGAGAUACAAGAACAAAAUGAAGAUACAAAUAAUGAUGUCGUCAAUUUAAUGGAUCGCAAAAUGGGUGGUCGGGUUAUUGAAUGUUUGCGUCGAAAAUAUGCAGAUUCAACAGUCACAUUAAACCCACAAUGCGUAGUAGAAUUGAUUGAUGUUAUACAAACAAGUAAAAUUGAUGUAAAAUUUGAUGUACAAUUAUACAGGAGUUGUCAAAAAAUAUUGGCUAAAAAAUGUUCUGAUAAGUCUGAAAAAGAAGAUUGUCUAAAAUUAUUAUAUCAACAUGAUGAUAUUCCAGAUGAUGAUAACUGUAAAGCACAAGUUGUUCGAAUAAUUAAAGAGGGUGAAGCCGAUAUACAUGUUGAUCGUGCAUUAGCAUUUGCUUGUCGAGCAGAUAUAUCAAGAUAUUGUAAUGAUAUACCAUUAGGAAAAGGAAAACAAUUACAAUGUUUGUUAAGUUACGCCGAUAAAUCGUUAACAAAAGAUUGUACGACCGUAUUAAAUACAAGAAAAGAGUUAUGGAAAAAAAGUGAAGUGAAUGGUAUCCAUGAUAUGAUGAAAACCAUGGGAAAAUCAAAUAAUAGUACAUAUUUAUUUGCCAUUUGCAUACUUAUAUUGUUCACCAUGUUUUGUGCCGGGUGUGUGUGCCGAAAUAUUCCGUAUACCAAAUAUUCAAGACUAAAUAAAUAUAAAUAA